UCAAAUAGGAAAUUCCAAGCCGCCUAGCCCAGCGCAGCGAUUUCUGGAGUCCUCCAGCCAGCGCACGUGCCGUGCACGAAAAAAUGGCCGAGGAGGGUAGGCACAUCGCCGCCGGUGACCCCAUCCGGCCGCCGCGGCUGGAGGAUGCCGGCCUGGAGGACUGCGCUCUCCCGCCGGAAUCCAUCGCCGAGGCUUUCUCCCUUGCGGCGUUGGCCGUCUCCUCCCGCCUCCCCAACCUCUCCCUCUCCGACGACGAGGACGAGGACGAGGGAGGUGACCCGCUCGCGCCUCGUGGAGGCUGCGUGGAGGACGCGGGACCCACCCGCGGGGCCAUUCCCGACGCCCUUGUUGGCGCAGGGGGCGGCAGCGAGGGCGGCGCCGACGAGGUCGUGGUCGUCGGCGGUGGUGGCGGAGGAGGCGGCGACGAGGUGGUAGUCGUCGGGCGCGGAGACGAGGAAGAUAGGGUUGUUGUGGUCGGAGAAGAGCUGGGGCAGGAGAAGCGUUGCGGCAAGGGAACCAGAGAAGGAGAGCGCCGGAAGGAGGAGGAGGAGGAGAUGGUGGAGAAGGCCAUCUUGCUGGAAGAUUUUGCGUGAGCUUUGUGAGCUUUUCCUUUAGCCUGAUAAGAUAUUUCCCUUCCUUGUUUGUUUGACUUGUAAUGUAGUGAAUCUCCCUAUGAGGAAGGCAAGAGUGAAUUUAUCUCAGAUGUAGUGUUUAAUUUUAAGAUCAUUACUAAUGUGGUGUUUGAUUUUAAGAUCAGAUGACAGUAUGUUAGUCUCCAAUGGCAAGCUACUUAGCAUCAAUGGUAUUCGAUUUAGUGCA